AAAGUAGACAGACAAAGUAAAACCAGGAAAAUUUGGGAAGGAAUUUAAAAGUAUAUAUAUUUAACUGCUUUGUUUUAUGCAAAAUAGCAAAUAAAAAGGGCUCAAUAACUACUGAGAGAACUUAGUGUAGUCAUGGAGGAAGAUAUUGAUACCAACAUAACAAUCUGCUUUGGUUUUAAAAACAUGUGAAACAGAAACUGCAGUAUCUGAUAGGUCCAAAUCUAAUUGAAAUUCCAAAAGUUUUAAAAGCAGUAAAAUAAAGGACCGAACAUGCAAUUGAGAAGAAGUUUCUAAAGACCAACUCUUAUUUUGAUUACAGUCUGUAAUAUGAUCCCAAGAUUUAAGUAACUAUAAUCCUGACAUAUUCAAAAGCGACCAAGAUGGCAUCUAAUGCUCUCUCACCAGAAGAGGAAAACUAUGUACGAAUGGCAUUGUUACUCACUGGAAUUUCUCCACGUGCUGUUCGUGUCCUGUUUGAUAAAGAAUUUCCUCCAGCAUCUCUCAGUUCAUCGAUAAACACUACGACUACUAAGGCAACGCUGAAUAACUUGAAAAGAAGAAAAGUGAUUAACAAGAAACAGUGGGAUCUCCUGUUUCCUACCAGUGGCACCACAGAUUCUAAGACUUUUGAUGUGACAUUGAUGAUAGCUUUGCUUAGGAACCUGCCAACAUCAACCUUGGUUCCUCCAGUAAAUGGGUAUGACAAUCUACCUGUUACUACAGAAGCAAUACCUGCCUCAGAUUUAGCAAGAAUUAAACACUAUAGAAACUUACUGGCACAUCUUCAUGAUAGCAAGGUAGAUGGUACAUUAUUUACUACAGCAUGGAAGGAUUUAAGUGAUGCUGUUCUUAGAUUAGGAGGAAAUAAAAUGAAGCAAGAAUGUGAUCAGCUAAUUACAAAACAACUUGACGCGUCCAGUCAAGAAAUCUUACAAGCCAAGAAAGACAUUGAAACAAUUGAAAGGUCGCUUGAUUUGAUUAAAGCUGACCAUACCAAGAUAAAAAAAGACAUAAUUACAUUAAAAUCAGGUCGUGAGAGUUUUAAAAAAUCAUGUCAUUUGCCUCUAACAGAAUCAAAAAAAGGCAUAAUGGUGUUAAAGUCUGACCAUAAAAGUUUGAAAAGAUCUCAUGACUUGCUACAACAUGAACAAACUGUGUCAAAAAAGGAUGGAAAAAGGGUUAAAAAAGAAUUAAAAACAUUACAAUUUGAUCAGAUAAAAGCAAAACAAGAUGUGAAAACAUUACAUUUAGAUCAUGAUAGUUUGAAAAUAUCACACAGUUUGCUUCAAGUUGAACAAACAGUAUCCAAAAAAGACAUAGUGGUGUUAAAGUCUGACCAUAAAAGUUUGAAAAGAUCUCUAACGUCUGACCAUAAAAGUUUCAAAGGAUCUCUAAAGUCUGACCAUAAAAGUUUCAAAGGAUCUCUAAAGUCUGACCAUAAAAGUUUGAAAAGAUCUCUUAAGUCUGACCAUAAAAGUUUGAGAAGAUCUCUAAAGUCUGACCAUAAAGGUUUGAGAAGAUCUCUAAAGUCUGACCAUAAAAGUUUGAAAAGAUCUCAUGAUUUGCUACAAAAGAAACAAACUGUGUCAAUAAAGGAUGGGAAAAGGGUUAAAAAAGAUGUGAAAUCAUUAAAGUUAGAUCACGAUAGUUUGAAAAAGUCACAUGGGUUGCUGGAAGUUGAUCAGAAGGAAAUGAGAAUAGAUGUACAAAAUGUUAAAUCAGAUUGUGAUAUAUUGAAAACUUCCCAAGCUUUGAUUCAGAGUGAUCAGAUAAAAACAAAGGAGGAUGUGAAAAAGCUGACAUCUAUUUCUGAGGAUCCAGUUCCCUGGAAUAGAAGAGUGAUAAUAAGUAAGUUGUUGGAUGAGUGGCAGAAGAAUGCUGAUAACUUUGUUGAAACCAGAGCUGCGAAAUGUGUGUUGAAAUGUAUCAAGGAAAACAGUUGUCUCACUAUUACAGCUAGUUCUGGUGUUGGAAAGACAUCCAUUUUACAUCAUGUGGCAUUAAAAAUGAAAGGCGAAGGGUUUGAUAUACUACCAGUUACUAAUCCAAAUGAUAUUAUUCAGUUUUAUAAUCCAAAUCAGAAAACACUGUUUGUUAUUGAUGACAUUUGUGGGACUUAUUCCAUAAACCAGUCUGACCUUGACAGUUGGGAAUCAGUUAUGGAACAAAUAAAGAUGUUGAUUGAAAACAAAUUUACAAAAAUUAUUGUGGCGUGUCGAUUACAAGUGUACCAGGAUGAAAAGUUUGAAUCUUUAUCAAUUUUCAGGACAUGUGUAUGUAACAUGCAGUCAGGAGAUUUAUGUUUAAUACAGAAAGAAAAAACUUCAAUAGCAGAAUUAUAUCUGGAAACAAAAGCAACAGAGAUUAUUCAGUACUGCAAUUUAUAUGAUUGCUUUCCACUGCUCUGUAAAUUGUACAGUGAUAAUCCUGAGCUUAAUAUAACAAAUUUCUUCAAGAAUCCAUUUUUCGUAUACGAAACUGAAAUUGACAGGCUUUAUAAAAAAGGUCAUAAUACAAAAUACUGUGCAAUGGCUUUGUGUGUUAUGUUUAACAACAACUUGAAGGAGGAAUUGUUUACAGAAGAGAUAAAUGUAGAAACAAGAAUGAGAAUUGAAAAAACAUGUGAGGCGUGCAGACUGGACAGAGGAACAUCACGAAUUUUCCUACUUGAUGAACUAAAUUCACUUGAACAUACUUUUAUUAAGAAAGAAAAAGGUGUAUUCAAAACAAUACAUGAUAAUUUAUUUGACUUUCUUGCAUAUUAUUUUGGACAAAAUAUGAUCCAGUGUUUGAUCAAGAAUGCACACUCUGUUGUUAUUAUGCAGAGAUUUUUACUAGAAAGAAAAGAUGACAUGGAUCAGUUUAUUACUAUUGUACCACCUAAAUACCAUCAGAUGUACAUGCAGAGAAUGAUAGAUGACUGGUCAAUUGGUAGAUUAGAUUAUGUGUUCAAGAAUAUCAACUUUAAGAUACAAGAGUUCAGACACAGAUUCCUAUGUUAUCUCAAAAAAUUUGUAAUAUUAUUUCAGAGGCGAUUAGCACUGAAAAUAAAUAUAAUAAAUAGUAAAGAAACUGCACUGAUACUAUGUUGUUACUAUGGGGAUAUUCCUUUUAUUCAUUGGUGUAUUAACCAUGGUGUUUGUGUUAACCUGUGUGACUGUAGAGGUGUGAGUCCUUUACAUGUAGGUGCAAUUAAAGGUCAUAAAGAAACAGUAAAGGUAUUACUGGAUAACAAGGCAGACAUUAAUAAGUGUACAGAUAAUGGAGCAUCUCCUUUGUAUGCUGCUUGUCGGAUGAAUCAUAAAGAGAUAGUAAAGAUAUUACUGGACAACAAUGCAGACAUUAAUAAGUGUUUGGAUAAUGGAGCAUCUCCUUUGCAUAUUGCUUGUCAGAAUAAUCAUAUAGAGACAUUAAAGGUAUUACUGGACAACAAUGCAGACAUUAAUAAGUGUUUGGAUAAUGGAGCAUCUCCUCUGCAUAUUGCUUGUCAGAAUAAUCAUAAAGAGACAUUAAGGGUAUUACUGGACAACAAGGCAGACAUUAAUAAGUGUGAUGAUAAUGGAGUAUCUCCUUUGCAUAUUGCUUGUCAGAAUAAUCAUAUAGAGACAGUAAAGGUAUUACUGAACAACAAUGCAGACAUUAACAAGUGUAAAGAUAAUGGAGUAUCUCCUUUGUAUCUUGCUUGUCAGAAUAAUCAUAUAGAGACAGUAAAGGUAUUACUGAACAACAAUGCAGACAUUAACAAGUGUAAAGAUAAUGGAGUAUCUCCUUUGUAUCUUGCUUGUCAGAAUAAUCAUAUAGAGACAGUAAAGGUAUUACUGAACAACAAUGCAGACAUUAACAAGUGUAACGAUAAUGGAGUAUCUCCUUUGCAUAUUGCUUGUCAGAAUAAUCAUAUAGAGACAGUAAAGGUAUUACUGAACAACAAUGCAGACAUUAACAAGUGUAAAGAUAAUGGAGUAUCUCCUUUGUAUCUUGCUUGUCAGAAUAAUCAUAUAGAGACAGUAAAGGUAUUACUGAACAACAAUGCAGACAUUAACAAGUGUAACGAUAAUGGAGUAUCUCCUUUGCAUAUUGCUUGUCAGAAUAAUCAUAUAGAGACAGUAAAGGUAUUACUGAACAACAAUGCAGACAUUAACAAGUGUAAAGAUAAUGGAGUAUCUCCUUUGUAUCUUGCUUGUCAGAAUAAUCAUAUAGAGACAGUAAAGGUAUUACUGAACAACAAUGCAGACAUUAACAAGUGUAACGAUAAUGGAGUAUCUCCUUUGCAUAUUGCUUGUCAGAAUAAUCAUAUAGAGACAGUAAAGGUAUUACUGAACAACAAUGCAGACAUAAACAAGUGUAACGAUAAUGGAAUAUCUCCUUUGCAUAUUGCUUGUCAGAAUAAUCAUAUAGAGACAGUAAAGGUAUUACUGGACAACAAUGCAGACAUUAAUAAGUGUGAUGAUAAUGGAGUAUCUCCUUUGCAUAUUGCUUGUCAGAAUAAUCAUAUAGAGACAGUAAAGGUAUUACUGAACAACAAUGCAGACAUUAACAAGUGUAAAGAUAAUGGAGUAUCUCCUUUGUAUCUUGCUUGUCAGAAUAAUCAUAUAGAGACAGUAAAGGUAUUACUGAACAACAAUGCAGACAUUAACAAGUGUAAAGAUAAUGGAGUAUCUCCUUUGUAUCUUGCUUGUCAGAAUAAUCAUAUAGAGACAGUAAAGGUAUUACUGAACAACAAUGCAGACAUUAACAAGUGUAAAGAUAAUGGAGUAUCUCCUUUGUAUCUUGCUUGUCAGAAUAAUCAUAUAGAGACAGUAAAGGUAUUACUGAACAACAAUGCAGACAUUAACAAGUGUAACGAUAAUGGAGUAUCUCCUUUGCAUAUUGCUUGUCAGAAUAAUCAUAUAGAGACAGUAAAGGUAUUACUGAACAACAAUGCAGACAUUAACAAGUGUAAAGAUAAUGGAGUAUCUCCUUUGUAUCUUGCUUGUCAGAAUAAUCAUAUAGAGACAGUAAAGGUAUUACUGAACAACAAUGCAGACAUUAACAAGUGUAACGAUGAUGGAGUAUCUCCUUUGCAUAUUGCUUGUCAGAAUAAUCAUAUAGAGACAGUAAAGGUAUUACUGGACAACAAGGCCGACAUUAAUAAGUGUAAAGAUAAUGGAGUAUCUCCUUUGCAUAUUGCUUGUCAGAAUAAUUAUAUAGAGAUAGUAAAGGUAUUACUGGACAACAAGGCAGAAAUUAAAAAGUGUGAAGGUAAUGGAGCAUCUCCUUUGUAUGUUGCUUGUCGGAUGAAUCAUAUAGAGACAGUAAAACUAUUACUGGAUAACAAGGCAGACAUUAAUAAGUGUUUGGAUAAUGGAGCAUCUCCUUUGCAUAUUGCUUGUCUUAAUAAUCAUAUAGAGAUAGUAAAGGUAUUACUGGACAACAAGGCAAACAUUAAUAAAUGUACAAAUAAUGGUAUCUCACCCAAACAAAUUGCCAGGGAAAACAGAUACAAUGGCAUACUUGCUGUCAUUAAAGAGUAUUCCAGAGAGGAGAUUAUAUAUCAAAGAAAAUAAAAGGAAUAUCAAUUAUGAAUUGUGAAUUGGCAAAGAAAGAUUUCAGAAAGGAAAUUUUGUUAAAGAUGAAAUUGUAAUGAUUACUUGGUGUUUUCUUUAUGUAAAAUAUUUAUUUUAAUUUGUUAUUUUUUGGUCCCAUCAGUUAUAUUAAACUAAUGAAUCUGA